AUGAGGGAAGAAUGGCAAAGUUUCGCGCUAAAAAUCGUGGAGAAAAGUUCUGUGGAACGUCUUUAUCAAGAGGAAAGGGCCUUGAGAAUUGCCCAGCAGUCAGGCUUGACGGCUAGUCCCGUGGGAAAGAUCAUCGAAACUCCUGAUGGUGCGGCGUUAUUGUUGUCUCCUGUGGGGAAACCUCUGCCUCGACCGACAACACGACAUGAAGUACUAAGCCUUUUUGAAUUGUUAAGGCAACUACACAAGAAUGGUUUGGUCCAUGGAGAUCCUCGCGUGUCGAAUGUAAUUCUUACGGGGAAAAGCUUCUCUGGAUUGAUCUUGUAA